UUGCUUAGCAACCGGAGGGAGGGGGAGGAUGCGCGUCAAACCUCCACCCCCCGUGGGCGGUGCCCGAACCAGAGGAAGGCAGGAGAGAAAAAAAUGGAGUCAAACUAUCUUCGAAAACAUCUAGGACAAUGCCUAGCUCAAGGACUUGCAGAGGUGGCAAAAUAUCGGCCCAGUGACCCAAUAGAAUAUUUGGCGUUCUGGAUCUACAAAUAUAAGAGCAACAUGCUUGAAGAACAAAUGAGGCAGAUAGAAAAGGCUCAGCUGAAGCGUGAACAAGCCUUAGCUAAGUUGGAAGAAGAAUUACUGGAAAAGAUGAAAGCUGAAGAAGCGGCAGCGCAGCAGCCUGCUCAGAAACAGUUUUUUGAGGCGGAGGAAGAAAAAGAGAAACAAAAAGCUGCAGAAGGGGUGCUUGAGUAUUCACAGAAUGAGCUGGUCAAGACAUUAGCUGAAAUCAGUGAUAAAUACGGAGCACCCAACUUGAGUCGGGUUGAAGAACUUGAUGAGUCGGUGAUGUCUGAUGCUGCACCAAGUGCUACAAGUGAUCAAACCUACCAAGAUGGCUAAUCAUUUUACCUGAGAGCAAUAAAUAUUUUAUUGGUGUGAA